AUGGCUUGCUUAAAUACAUAAUAUGAGGAAAUAAAGCUUGCGCUAUUGAAUAUGGUAUGUGAAUACAAACAAUUCUCAAAUCAAAUGAUAAACAGGCAACAUGAAAAAGUUAAAAAAGCUGAAACAAGUUCAAUAUUUCUAAUUUAUAUUUCUUUUAGUUUUAAGAAAUAACAGAAUAAAGUGGCUAAGAAGGAAUAUGCCAGAAAUUAAAAAUUAAUACAUUGCUAAUUAAACUCAAAAAGUAAUAUUAAUAUCAUAAAUAGGGUGUAUUAAUCUCUGAGAAUUAGAAUCGUCAAAAUGAACCCCUAAAAAAGCAGAACACUUGCACAGAUUAAACAACCCAAACCGAUGAUGAGAAUGCUUAAAUUUAUGGUUUGAAAUUAUAAGCAUUUUUAAGGAACCUUUUUAUAAGAAAUAGAAAAUUUCCUCAAAGCCAAGCAUUUUAGUUUGAUCCCAAAAUAAGAAAAAAUUGAUUCUAGUAUAUAACUCAAGUAAAUUAAAUAAGGAGAGGCUUUACAUUUAAUCAAAAAUAAUCGAUUAGAGGAAGCUUUGCUUGUAAUUGAUGAGGCAAUUAAAAAAAACUCUAGUAAUCCAAGAAACUAUGAAUUAAAAUGUAGAAUUAAUGAUUGAUUAUAAAGCAAAUGUCUUAAUAUUUAUGAACCGGCUUAAGGAGGCACUAGAAUUUGCAGAAAAGGCAAUAGAAAAUGACUUCUAAAAUGCUUAUAAUUAUGCGAGAAAAGGUUAUUAUUAUUAAUUAUAUUCAUUUAGCUUACAUUUUACUAUUACUGAAAAGAGGUGUAGAGGCUUUAGAGUAUUUCAAUAUAGCUAUUUAAAAAUCCCCUGAUGACUAUGAAUUUGAAGUUGGAAAAGGUAUCUAAAUAUUUAAAAUAGCAAAUACAUUAUUACAUUUGAAUAGAUUUGAUGAAUGUUAAGCUAGUUAUAAUAUUGCCAUAUAAAAAAGCAACAAUAAACCAGAAUUAUAUGCAGAAAAAGGUAAGUAUAUUUAAUAACUUUAAAGCUAAUGCAUUAAGAAUACAAAAAAAAUCCAAAGAAGCUUUGAUUUAAUAUGAUAAGGCUAUAGAGUUGGAUUCUUAAUAGCCUAGUUUUCAUUCAGGAAAAGGUUGUAUUCCUUUUCAUAAAUUUAGCUCAUACUUUACAAGAAAUGAAUCGGUUUUAAGAGGCUUUAUUAGAAUGGUAAAAAGCAAUCGAUUUAGAGCCUUCUAAUUCUAAUUAUUAUUCUGGAAGAGGUGAAACUAAUCUUUUUAUUUUAGCAUAUACUUUAAGACAACUGAAUCGUAAUGAAGAAGCCAUCAUAUCCUAUAACUUAGCUAUUUAAAGGAAUCCUGAAAACUAUGAGCAUCACUCAGGAAAAGGUUAGAUUAAUAAUUUUGAAAUAAGGCUAUUCGCUAAGAUAAUUGCUAAGACAUUUAGAAGCCAUAGAUUCUUUCGAUUUGGCAAUAAGCAUCAAUGCUGACGAUGCAUAUCUGUAUGCAUAAAAAGGUUUGAGCAAUCAUAAACUAAAAAUUAGGCCUUGCCUUAAGAGAGAUGAUUCGCUAUCCAGAAGCUUUGAAAUGUUUUGAAUAAGCUAUUGAAAAAAAUCCAGAAGAUUAUGAGUACUUCAUUCAUAAAGGUUUUCUUACAACUUAUGAAUUAGCUGACACUUUAAGAUUCAUGAAUAAAUCUAAGGAAGCUCUGGAUUCUUAUAAUUAGGCUAUUCUAAGAUUUCCUAGAGAUGAGAGAAUUUACGGAGCAAAAGGUAAACUAACCUAAUACUCUUCUAUAGCAUAAGCAUUACGUCUUCAGAAAAAUUAUGAUGAAGCUCUGAAAUGCUUUGAUAAAGCAAUUGAAAUGAAUCCACAAAAUUCAAGUUUCUAUGCAGGAAGAGGUUAAUACUAAUUGAUACCAAAUUAGGUGACACUUUAAGAGAUAUGAAUCGUUAUUAGGAUUGCUUAAAAUAUUUUGAUCAAGCAAUACACUGUAAUCCUGAAAAUUCAUUUUAUUAUGGAGCAAAAGGUAUAAAAUAUUGAAUAUUCCAAGCGGAUGCAUUACGACACCUCAAUCAAUUUGAUGAAGCAUUAAAAUAUGCCAACUUGGCUAUAAAUUGGAAUCCAAAUAUAGCUGAUAAUUAUGAGCUAAAAGGUAAAUCAUUAAUUGGCAAAUACUAGCAAACAUUUUAAAAUUCUAACUCAAAAUUAAUGAGGCUUUGAAGUAUUUUGAUGAGGCAAUCAAAAGAAAUCCUGAAUGUUCCAAAUACUAUGCAGAAAAAGGUAUACUAUCUUAAUUAAUAAUAAUUUCAGCUGACACUUUACGAGCAGUUAAUAGAAAUGAAGAAGCCUUGAAAUCUUGUGAAAUUGCUCUUAAUAAAGAACCAUAUAACCACAAUUAUAUUUUAAUUAAAAGUAUAAAUGAAUAUAUUUUCUUAGUGAUUACACUAUUAUAGAUGUGUCGUUGGAAAGAAUCAUCAGAAUAAUAUAAAAUAUUAUAAUACCUCUGUCCAAAUUAGGAAUUUCUGAAUCAAAUAAAUAGUAAAUAUAAAAAUAUAUUUUUAGGUAAUAUAAUAGUAUAAAUGCAAUAAUUUAAUGAACGCUAUGGUCAAUGA